CAAUUUUUUUAAUAUAAUUUUUUUUUCUUUAUUUUUUUAUUUUGCAAAAUAAUUUAUAUAAUUUUUAAUAACCACCAGAAAUGUCAUUUCCAUAUGAAUAUAUAUUUAAAUACAUCAUUAUUGGUGAUAUGGGUGUAGGUAAAUCAUGUCUCCUUCAUCAAUUCACAGAAAAUAAAUUCGUUCCUGAUUCACCACACACUAUUGGUGUUGAAUUUGGUACUAGAAUUGUCGAUGUAAAUAAUAAAAAGAUUAAAUUACAAAUUUGGGAUACUGCUGGUCAAGAAAGAUUCAGAGCAGUUACUAGAUCAUAUUAUAGAGGUGCUGCAGGUGCUUUAUUAGUGUAUGAUAUUACAAGAAGAAUCACUUAUAACCACUUAACCACUUGGCUAACCGACGCUAGAAAUCUUACCAACCCAAAUACAGUUAUCAUGUUAAUCGGUAAUAAAAAAGAUCUUGAUGGCCAAAGAGAUGUUACUUUUGAAGAAGCUUCUGCAUUUGCUAAACAAAAUGGUUUAAUUUUUGUCGAAUCUAGUGCUAAAACUGGUGAAAAUGUUGAAGAAGCUUUCUUAAAAACUGCUAAAUUAAUUUUCCAAAGUGUCCAAGAAGGAAAUGUUGAUUUAAUCCCAGAUGGUGGUGUUACUAAGAGUAAUGCAACUAAUAAUACUGCUAAUCCUAACCAAGGUGCCGCUGGUCAAAGCCAAAGUAAUUGCUCUUGCUAAAAAAAAACUUUAAAUUACACUAAUCAAAUAUUUAUAUACUUUUAAAAACACAACACUCAAACAAACACAAACUCAAACAAACUAACCAAUUCUAAAUAUUAAAUUUUUAAAAUCAAAAUUUUUUUUUUUUUUCACAUUUAUAAAAUUAUCACUUUAAAAGAAAACUUUACCAUCUAUAUUAUACAUAAAAUAUAAAAUACAAAAUAUUAUAAUACUCAUGCUAUUAUUAAAUAAAUCUUUUUUUUAAAAAAAUUAAAAAAUAAAAAAUACAAAUAAAAAAUACAAAUAAAAAAAAAAAGAUAGAUUUUAGCGCUGUUGCAUUUUUA